AUUAUUUAUUGAUAUUUUUUAAGAGUAGAAUUUUUUUUUGUAGUUUAUUUCUGUGAAUAAAUUGUGAUUAUUUAUAUUUAUGGAAAUUAGUUAAGCCUUAAAUAAAAAUUGAAGGAAUUGCUCUCUCGUGAUGACAUAUCAAAAGGAAGUAGAAAAGACAAACAACGCAGAAAACAAAUAAAAUGUGUGUGUAAAAGUUAUAAAGUUAUUAAAAAGAGUUUUAUUUUUUUAUAUUUUUUUCUUGUGCCAAAAAGAAGUAAAGGAAUUAAAAAGAAGAAAAAGUUUGUGCUUGAAGGUAAAGCGUGAAAAACAGAAAUUGAGGAAGUAAAAAAUUUCCGCCAAGAUGGAAUUUAUUACUGAAUUUUUUUACGAUAAUGCAACGCUCUACGAGAGUACGUUUACAUUGGAUUAUGAGAAUUCGACAUUAUUGGAUAAUUUAACAGUUACGGAAGUGCCAUAUGUUCAAUAUGAAGAUCGUUUAGAAACUUACAUAAUUCCUACAAUUUUUGCUCUCAUAUUCAUAAUUGGAGUUCUUGGAAAUGGAUGCUUAAUAUUGAUAUUUUUUCGACAUCGAACUAUGAGGAACGUACCAAAUACAUACAUCCUUUCGCUGGCACUUGCAGAUUUGCUAGUUAUCGUCACAACAGUGCCCUUAACAAGUGUCAUUUACAUCUUAAACUCGUGGCCAUGGGGUGAACCACUAUGUAUAAUAUCAGAAUAUUUUAAAGAUUUGUCAAUUGGCGUAUCUGUAUUCACCUUAACAGCACUAAGCGGUGACAGGUUUUUUGCAAUUUGUGAUCCAUUACGUAAAUUUCAUUCUCAUAGUGGGAAGCGAGCAACACGAAUAACAAUAAUAAUUGCUGUCUCAAUAUGGAUACUUGCCGCAUGCCUGGGCAUACCAGCUUUACGAGGAUCGUACAUUAAAAAAAUUGUCAUUAACAGUGAGGUCAUUAAUAUAUGCUACCCAUUUCCAGCGGAACUAGGAAAAGGCUACGCAAGAUUGAUUGUGACGUUUCGAUUCUUGUGCUAUUAUGCAAUACCAUUAUUUAUAAUUGGAAUAUUUUAUGCGCUAAUAGCUAAGCAUCUAAUUCAUGCAGCGAGUCAUGUUCCGGGUGAAAAUUUUCAAGGUGUACAGAGACAGGUAAAGGCAAGGCGGAAAGUAGCUGUAACAGUUCUAGCAUUUGUCGUGAUAUUCGGAAUUUGCUUUCUACCCUCUCAUCUUUUUAUGCUCUGGUUUUAUUUCAAUGACAAUGCAGAAGAGGAUUAUAAUGACUUUUGGCACAUAUUACGAAUGGUCGGAUUCUGUUUAUCAUUCGCCAACAGUUGUACAAAUCCUGUAGCGUUAUAUUGUGUCAGUGAUGCCUUCCGAAAACAUUUUAAUAGAUACUUGCUGUGUAGAAGUUCAGCCUUGUCUCGUCAUAUGACGUACGAUAAAACACAUCGAGAGAUGACCAUUACAAGUCAGUCUACAAUUUAUAGGCGAUAUCCCUCUAAAAGGUUCGCAAAUCAAAGUAUCAAAAGCACAAGCAGAGCAGCCGAAACUACAGUGAUUAUCCUUCAAGAUAUUGGAGAUGAGAAUAACGGCUUGAUUGAUCACGAAAAGAUGAGCUGUAUGUAAAGAAAAAGAAAGUAUUCAUUCAUGCAUUUAUGGAAGGACGAAAAAGUGAUUGAAUAGUAAAUGUGACAAAGCAUGGGACGACGAAUGACCGGAAAGGAACAAAAUAAGGAACAUUAUUAGAAAAUUUGAUCGAUGUGAUGUGAUUCUAUUGAAGAAUUUUUAUGAAGAGUAAUUCAAUAUUGAAUUGAAUAUAUCGAAUUUUUUUCUCAGUCUAUUUCCCUCCCCACUCCCCAACACACCCUCCUAAAAAAAAUUGAAAAUGUAUAGUAAGUAGUUGGAAAUUUGAUGUAG